GUUUUUUUCUUUGAUAUAAAUAUGUUUUAAUUGUUUCAGAAUCAGCAAAAUGCUGCAACAGAUCUUACGAGACAUGUGGGUCGACCCGGAGAUUCUUGCCGAGCUCGACGAGACGCAGAAACAAACGCUCUUCUGUAAGAUGCGUGAGGAACAGGUACGUCGAUGGCAGGUCUGGGACCAAAAAGUCAGCAAAGAAGAGAACGGAAGAACAAAGUUCCAAACGAACGGAAAGAAGCAAGUGCAGUUUCUGAAAGGAGAAGAUGGCGAGCCAUGGGUAUGGGUAAUGGGAGAACACCCAGACGACCAGCCGAUUGAGAGUAUUUUAGCUGAGGAAGCCCGUCAACGGGCACUCGCUCAGGCUCGCGAGGAGGCGCAUCAGCUCCGCAAGUCUGUUGAGAAGGAACUCACGCAUCUGAUUGACUACAAGCCUUUGAACAGUCUAGAACAGAAAUUCGAUCUGUCUCCGAAGACUGUUGAUUCUUUAGAAGACACUUUGGACUUGUAUUGUUCAGUUGAUGAGCUUCGGCAGAGGAUCGAAGAAUUGGAGCCUGAAGUCAAGGAGAAAGGUGACAUUGAAGCUGAGAAGGAGUUCUGCGAUGAACACCUUAAGUUGAAUCCCAAGAAGAAUACGUUACAGUUUAAUUUCAUUGAAGGAAAACGGGAUGUUAUACAGUGUCCCCAGGAGGGAGGCGCGCCGUGCCCGGGCGACGGCGUGGGCCCGCGCGUAGCGGCGUGGGAGCGGCGCGUGGCGGCGGCGCGCGCGGGCGACAUCCUGCGCGGACUGCGGGCGCGGCGCGCGCGCACGCUGCGGGACGCGCAGUUGCAGGCGCGCGACGAGGACGCCGCCUGGCGCGAGCAGGAGCGCAAGGCGAAGCAGGCGGAGGCGGCGAUGCGGCAGAUCGCCCGCGCCGCGCGCGCCGCGCACCGCCUCGCCGCGCCGCUGCGGCCCGGCGCGGCGCUGGCGCACGCCGCCGGAAAACCUCCAAACAGAGAAGCAGUCUUGGAGUGGUUUAGGAAUCAAGAAGUGAAGCGGGGAGUGGGUUUAGAUGAGAACAACAAACCAGUUAACUGGUUUCAUGGUCUGAUCACCCGAUCGGAGUCGGAGCAGAUCCUCGCGCAGCAGCCCGAGGGCAGUUUCCUGGUGCGCAUCUCGGAGCGCGUGUGGGGGUACGCCAUCUCGUACCGCGCGGAGCGCUGCAAGCACUACCUCGUGGACGCGACCGACGGCUACCGCCUGCUGGGCGCGGGGCAGAUCGCGCAUGACACUCUGGCUGAUCUUAUAAACUAUCACAAGAAAGUAGCGAUAACAGAAAGCGGCGGAGAACUGCUGACAACGGCCUGUCCUCCCGCGCAAUCUCCUGUCAUUUAACCGCCAUCUUGAUUGCGUUCGGAAUCUAGCUUUUAGUUAUUAGGGACCAUUUAAAUAACAUCAGUCAACGUAACGUUAAUUAGCUAUUAAGGUGUACUCUUUACUUUUAUAUUAUAUUAUUGAGAUUCUGACCUUAUUCUUGUGUAUAUUCUGUAUUUGAUUGACUUUCAUAGACAAAGUUAAAAUAAUAUAGAAACAUUUUUUUUAAAUUAAUUUCUUAUACUCUUUCGUUUAUAAACGGUGCUUAUACACUAUGAUUAAGGUUAUAAUUGUAAAUUAUGCUUUUGAAAAUGCGAAUUAUUUCAAAAGUUUAGAUCUCAAGAAAUUAAAAGUAAUUUUUAUUUUCUGGAAUAGACAGUCUUGAGCAUUGGUUGUCUACGCUUCAGUAUUAUUGAGACAAUGCCUUGUUGAAGUUCUAACAUCUAGUAUCUUAUAAUUACAAAUGCUAGAAAGCGAAAAAAUUAUAUCAUUUUUAUACUGGUAUUAUUGGUUUUUACUUUAUUCUUUACUAGUAAGUUGUUAUUGGACGAUGACACAUCUGAUUAGUAAAAACGACGCCUCUUUCGACUUUCCAAAAUGACUUAUGCGGUGUUGGAACUUCAACGACAAAUGAUCCCUGAUGUGGGAAAAAAAAUCUAAGCCAAAGUUGAAUUUUUUUUCGAAAAUUGGUGUUGCAUAAACGUACUUUAUGCCAUUUAUGCAUGUGAAUAAUAAGUCGAUCUUGUGUUUAUUAUUUAGUCAUAAACUGCCAACUAGAAUAUUGAAUAUAUAAAUUCCGUAAUAA